GUGAGGUGUUUUGAGGGUUUGGACUUCCGGUGGAUGGCUGCAGGUGUCGAUAUCAUAAAGUAUGCCAGUUAACAUUGUUCGGCUAUUUAAGUGCAUCAGCUGCUCCUUCUGAAAUGGGCAAGUAGGCCUACGAUAAGGCCACACGACACCGUGACCUGAAAGAGGGCGGAGCGCAUUGCUGUACUCGUGGGAAUGACGACGGCAUCGUUGCCACCCCGGCCCGGAGUGGUCCCCAUUACGCUCGUGUUUUUAAAAUAUGAGAACUAUCAAUCACAGCAGCAACAGAAGAAAAAAGCUGAGCACUCUCAAGCAGUGACAUUGUCAACAUGUCAAACAGAGAGAGAUCACAGAUACAAGUACGCCAACAGGUCGAAAACCGGUAGGGUUAGUUCGCGUAUUAGGCUCAACAGGAAUAGCGCGUCGACGAAGAGCGUCAAGGCUGCUUCGAGAUAACCAGGCGGACGGCGACCCGCCAUCCAAAAUGCGAGGGGACCUCCAGAUUGGCGAGUACGGGGGUUUAGAGCUGGGUGGCGGCCGAAAUUCGAGUUUGCAGUUGGAUUAUGAUGAUACUUCUGUCGGCUUCAAUGCAGCCAAUAGGUCGGCAAUAAUUAAUGAUACCACGUUUUGGCCAUCCGACAGCACAGCGAUCGCCCAAGAUGAGGAGAAGGUUUACUGGGCACUAUUGCUACUUAUUUUGCCUGUUCUUGCUGUGUUUGGCAACAUCUUAAUCAUUCUUUCGGUGUAUAAGGAGAAAUCAUUGAAGUGCGCAACAAACUACUUCAUUGUGUCGCUAGCGUUCGCCGAUCUUCUAGUCGCAGCCGUCGUCAUGCCCUUCGCCGUGUACGUUCUUGUAAACGUGCGUUGGGAGCUGAGUGAUACGUUGUGUGACCUGUACAUUGCUAUUGACGUCACCUGCUCGACCGCGUCUAUAUUCAACCUUGUCGCUAUCUCUAUAGAUAGGUUCAUCGCGGUCACACAGCCGAUCAAAUAUUCGAAGCACAAAAACUCUGGUCGAGUCGCUUUUACUAUCGGAGCAGUAUGGCUCAUAUCUAUGGCUAUUGGAUCGCCCAUCAUUCUUGGGCUGAACACGUCAUCCGAACGUGUCGCACAUCUCUGUGUGUUUUACAACUCGGACUUUAUCCUAUACAGCUCGCUCAGCUCCUUCUACAUACCAUGUCUCGUCAUGAUACUUUUAUAUUAUCGAAUUUUUAGAGUAAUUCACAGUCGAAGUCAACAGAAAGCGGCGACACAGGCUCAGAAUGUUAACCCGCCAACGGCCAUUCCCCUAGAAGGCAAAGGGUCCCGAAUGGCAGCGGCACAAACCCAUACAGAAGCUGCAGGAUCCGUUAACGAUACUCGAACUGUUCCAAGGGGCAACAACGCGCAGGCGGUUCCUCAAGAUCAGGCCACUCUCACCGCGAGCGAUUCGCAGGAGGCUGCUCCCGAGGGAGACGGGGUAGAUCAAAACCCCGAUAACGUCCCAACCCGUUCACCAGAUACCGGAAGUCCACCUUCGCAAACAACAAUGUUGGCAGAGGCCAUUAAUAACCGAGCUGCCGCAGACCCCACGCCAACGCAUCUCACCGAUUCUGCACUACCUCCGUCCGAUGUUAACAACAAAAGUAAGGAACUAACUGGUAGCGGUCAUACGGUUAUGAGUGGUGGAGGUAACGCUGCAGUGACGUCCAAAAAACAGCGCUUUAAUCUCGUUCGUUACAAGCAGAAAUCGAGCAGACGAAAACGUGAAAAGGUGUCUGCAAAACGAGAGCGUAAAGCAACGAAAACGCUUGCCAUCGUUUUAGGUGUAUUUCUAUUCUGCUGGGUGCCGUUCUUUACGUGUAACGUCAUUGAUGCCAUUUGUAUCAAACUGAGUUGCAAAGAGUGUCAACCGGGGGUCACCGUGUUUAUGCUUACGACCUGGUUAGGUUACAUCAAUUCCUGCAUCAAUCCAAUUAUCUAUACGAUCUUCAACACCGAGUUUCGAAAAGCAUUUAAGCGUCUACUAAUGGGCUCGAGCAGCGGUACCAAUUCGGAGGGAUCAAGCAGUAGAUUUAAUAAAUGAGUGCAUCUAUACAUGAAGUAAUAGAAGAUCGAUGUAUAAGACAAUGGUUUGUACGAAUUCUACCCAGAGCUUCUUCCCAGCAGUAAGGAUACAAACCCGAUUGCCAUUUGUAGAUAUUAUUAACAUCGUUGCGCCAAUUGCACCCCCUGCAAAGGCCCAAUCGGACGCCGAUAUCACAUUGCUGAAUGGAUAGAGUUUAGCAGCGGCGGCCGAUGUCGUCGAACUUUUACGUAGCUCGUUACCGUCAAGGAUGACGGUGUAUGUGAAGCUGACAAAUGUCAACGCAGCAUCUCAAACAGCCAUGUACCCGUAAAGACCGCAGCCUUCUAGUAAGCCUCUGUGGGUAGCGACUGACGACAGCUGAAAGCCACUGUUUUAGGAGCGAGGCGCUCGUUUCCGUGCGCUUACUUCAAACUCAGAGAAGGAAAAGUUAAUCACUGCUUGUUAUCUAGUGAAACUUACGCCGCUACUAUACACACAUAAAUAUUAAAACAUGUGAUGAAUUUUACAAAGAUAAUAUAGGGUGAUUAUGGUGGUAUUAGUUAACGACGAUGGAAACAGAGGUACACAAUAUGAAUAGAAACUAUUAAUGGCAACAAAAAAGGUUUACGAAGAUCAACUUCCUGAAUUUCGAUGAUGGCACACUAUCUUGUCAAAGAACCUAUAUAUAAUGCCUAGCUAAGCUCGUAGGCAGAAUAUGUCGAAGAGAAUAUGCAUUAGGUCCAUAUCGAAUAAAAAAUUGCAAUGCAAUAAAACUAAUCUGAUGCUCGGAAACUCAGUUGACAGCAUUCAUGCCUGUAUCAAACUACAAUAACAACAUUAGUAGUAAUAAUUAUAUAAUAACUUAUUAACUUUAUUAACGAAAUAAAAAAUUACUGUUUGUAAAACAAGGAUAAGUCUCCAUUUCCGUCGACUGUCGUUAUGAACGAAUGUGAUAUAUAUAUAUAUGUGUCAAAUAUUAUUGCACCUAGUAGUGCCCCCUAUAUGGUGAGCCACACCGCCUUGAUACAAAAUACGUUUGGUAAACAAACGCUGAGUCGCAGAAGCCUGAGUUGUAUUCGGAUGGAGUUCGUGUGAAUAGGUCUUUUACGCUAUAUCUGAAUGCAGGAUGCAUUUCCCAUGCAUUUGUUCUGUCCACUUCUUUGCCUAUAAGUUUUUUUUAUCUGCUUCUCUCUGGUCCGGCGCGGCUGCGUUGAUUGCAGCCUGGCACAUGGGCAAAGGGGAGGAGGGGCGGUGGGGAGCAGAAAAAGUUGUGGUGGCGACAGGGGCAAAGUUGCAAUAGUGCAAGUUAAAAUUUAAAAAAAAAAAGCAAAAAUUUAAGCUAGUUCAGAAUGUGGCUGGACAGUGGUUUCCAUAUUACGAGGAAAAGAUAACGACAGACAGUGUGUAUAAAGAAUAUUCACUGCAGACGUCGCCGAUGUAUAGAAAUGUACUUUCAAACUAUACGACGCAACAUAGACGCAGGGGCGCAUACAUGGAUAAUUAAACAUCCUUAAGAAGUAUUAUAAGACCGUAACGAUAGUAGCGUAUCAUCGGAAUUACCAUGACUAAACUUACUCACAGCAUAUAAUAUAUUAAUAUUGUUAUGGAUAACAAUAGCAAAUGUUACUAAUGAAAAGGCAAGUGUAAAAACCUGUACAAAUUAUCAUUAUUCUAAUAGUACUAGAUCGAAAGCGUAGCAACGCCUACGCAGCUGUGUUGUAUACAAACGUAUAUAUAUAUAUAUAUAAAACGGGUGACGAAUGAGCUAUAUGCAGGUUUUACCGCGUGUAUGACGGUUGUACUGUUUUGUAGUUAGCUAUGAGCGUCAAUGAUACGUUUGAGCGUGCACUUAGUUUACGUUUACUGGCCACGGAAAAGCAACGCAAAAAUGAACCUUGCCGGUCACUUUAUUUAGCAGUACAUAGUGUCUACCUAUAUAUCGUUAUGCGCGCAACAGUAACGUAUUUACUUCGAAAAGUAUGUACUAGUAA